UGUCAAAAUGGAGGACUGUCCACCCAAACCAGGUGUACAUAAGAGGGAACCACAGUACAGAGGACGCACGCAUAAAAUCGUCGAACUGGCUCAGCUCACCAAUGUGUUCAUUCCUGAUCCAGCUAUUUCCGAAGAGAGUGAUGUGGAGGAUAUUGGAGAAUUGCAAAAUCAAUUCCAGGACCAAGAUUCUGACAACAGUUCAGUUCCACCAUCAUUGAAUUCAUCUCUACAAGAUUUAUUGGCUCAGUUGAAAGAAGAGGAUCAACAAGGUAAUGAUUUAUUAUCCAAACUCAAUAUUCAUGAUAUUUUGGAAGAGGAACCCUUCGAAAUAGUUCCUGACAACGUGCAAGCUUCAUCUAAUUCCAACCGUAACAGUAACUUUGGAAUGGAGUUCAACAAAAUAAUUGGGCCACAUGAUAAAAUGUCAGCUUCAUCCAGUUUCAAUAUAGGUGACAAUAGAUCCAUCACAAGUGCUUCUACAUCCACCUCUUCAUCUCUCAAACGAAAAAGGAUAAAUGGCAAAAAAGCAAAAACAUCAGCUAAGAAAGGGACAAAAAAAAUAAAGAAGGUGCGCCCCCCUGAUGAAACUGCGCCAAGGGGAAUCGCUCAGCUGAACCUGGUCUACAAGCCAGCUCAUUAA